GGGAUCCCGCAGGCAGAAGCUGUGGUGGGCGCGUGGCAGAACGAACGUAUCUCUAAAGGAAGCACCGGGAACAGGUGAUAGCUUGCUGAGACAGCUGAAACCCAAGGUAGGCGGGCUGUCUUCCAGGAAAGCCUAUGUUGAUGAGGGCUGCUGUGGGAGAGUGAGUGAGCUCCUGCCUGGCACUGCCGCACCCUGGAAGGCGCUGUAGACAUGGGGAUCGGAUGCUGGAGAAAACCCCUGCUGCUGCUGAUUGCCCUGGUCCUGUCCGCCAAACUGGGUCACUUGCAAAGGUGGAAGGGCUUCCAGGAGCAGCCCAUGAGCAAGAAGAACAUGAAUUCAACGCUCAGCUUCUUCAUUCAGUCCUACAACAAUGCCAGCAACGACACCUACUCAUACCGAGUCCAGAAGCUAAUUCGAAGUCAGAUGCAGCUGACGACGGGUGUGGAGUACAUCGUCACUGUGAAGAUCGGCCGGACCAAAUGCAAGAGGAAUGACACCAGCAGUGCUUCCUGCCCCCUGCAAAGCAGGAAGCUGAGGAAGAGUUUAAUUUGCGAGUCUUUGAUCUACACCGUGCCCUGGAUAAACUAUUUCCAGCUCUGGAACAAUUCCUGUCUGGAGGCCUGAGCAUGCGGGUGGAGACCUUGGAUGAGGGCUCAGAUGAGUGGGUUGUGUACUUGCUCUUAUUAAACUGUAAAGGACCA